AUUUCUGGGGCCAGCCCAGGGGUACCCCGAGCUCGGUGACCCCACAUCCUCCCCCCGUUCCCAGAAUUACUUCCGCGACGCCUGGAACAUCUUCGACUUCGUGACGGUGCUGGGCAGCAUCACCGACAUCCUGGUGACGGAAUUCGGGAACAACUUCAUCAACCUGAGCUUCCUGCGGCUGUUCCGCGCCGCGCGCCUCAUCAAGCUCCUGCGCCAGGGCUACACCAUCCGCAUCCUGCUCUGGACCUUCGUCCAGUCCUUCAAGGCCCUGCCCUACGUGUGCCUGCUGAUCGCCAUGCUCUUCUUCAUCUACGCCAUCAUCGGGAUGCAGGUGUUUGGGAACAUCGGCAUCGAGGAGGAGGACGAUGAGUCGGCCAUCACCCAGCACAACAACUUCCGCACCUUCUUCCAGGCGCUGAUGCUGCUCUUCAGGUGAGCCCGGCACCCGGGUGGCACCUGGGUGAC